CCACACCCUCUCCUCUACCAUGCCAUUAAAGCUCAUUCAGUGCCACUUUCUUUCUUUCUUUCUUUCUCUCCCUAAUAGAUGCAGCUUUAAAUGCGCACACACCCCUUAAAACAAAUUUAAACUUCCUAUAACGUUCCUCAAACAUCCACUUCCCCUCUUCAGAUCGGACCAGACUUCUCUCUUCUUGUCUGGUUCAACUCUUCACUUCAUGGGCUGCUCCCCUUCAAGAAUUGACCAGCUCCCUGCAGUAUCUCUAUGCCAUGACCGCUGUAAGUUCCUUGAAGAAGCUCUCUACCAAAGCUAUGCCCUCGCUGAUGCCCAUGUUGCUUAUAUGCACUCCCUCAAGUCCCUUGGCCCUACCCUUCGCCGUUUCUUUGAUCAAACCCUCAUCAAUGAUCAGUCAGAUUCUCAAUCUAACGGCGAUCCUGAAACUGUUGCUAAACUCAGUAAACCCUCUUCACCUGAUAAUUGUCCCUCAAGCUCAACAAACUCGGAGACUUCUCACAUUGAUUUUCCUUCUGAUUUAGAAGAUGAAGAAUUUAGAGACAACAAAGAUUUUGAUUCACUUCAUACAAUCCAACAAAAUCAGUUUAACUCAUAUUCUUAUGAUCAUCAUGACUAUAAUGGGUACGAUUACCCAGCAUGGAAAACUCCUCCACCUCCGGCUUCAAGUAGUUCAGCCUGGGAUUUCUUGAAUUUCUUUGAAACAUACGAGAGAUAUGAAUUACCAGCCAAAGAUAAGGAAUUUGUGAGAGAAAUUCGUAGAGAAGAUAAAAGUGGUAAAAGUCGAGAAGAAGAUAAAAGGGGUGUGAGAUUGAAAGCAGAGAAAGGUAAUGGUGUGAAACGGAACAAGGUUGAUGUGGUAGAAGAAAAGAAGGUUGAAUCUGUGAAAGAGGAGAGUAAAGAUUUGGGUCAGCAGGCUAAAAAUCAAAGUGUCUUGGAGAUCAUUAAGGAAGUAGAGGUCUUGUUUGACAGAGCUGCAGAGUCAGGAAAUGAAGUUUUAAAGAUACUUGAUGCAGGGAAAUUCAGAUAUUAUUCCAAGAAUUCUAUCUACAAAGGAGUUUCUUCCAAGACAUUGCAAACUGUUAGUCCAUCUUUUUUGGAGAAGAAUGGUUCUGUUCAUGGGGGUUUUGGUGAGGAUUUGGGUAUAUUUUCAGUGAAUCUGUCUUCAACUCUUAGGAAGCUGUGCUUGUGGGAGAAGAAACUCUAUGAUGAAGUCAAGGCUGAGGAAAAAUUGCGGAUCAUUCAUGCGAAGAACUGUAGGCAGAUGAACAAUUUGGACGAGAAAGGUGCUGACGCCAAUAAAGUUAACUCCACUCGAUCUUUACUCCGGAUGCUGUCUACUAAAAUCAAAGUUGCCAUUCAAGUAAUUGACAAGAUAUCAACUACUAUCAAUAAAUUGAGGGACGAAGAGCUGUGGCCACUGAUCAGUAACUUGAUUGAAAAGUUACUCGGUAUGUGGAAAGUUAUGCUAGAAUGCCACAGAUGUCAGUCCCGGGCAGUUGUGGAAGCCAGGAGUUUGGAUGCCAUUGCAUCCGAUGUGAAGUUCAGUGAUGCUUGUCUCGAAGCAGCGAUACAACUCAAGAUUGAGCUGCAAAAUUGGAAUCUGUGCUUUUCCAAUUGGAUCAGUGCCCAAAGAGGCUAUGUCAAAGCAUUGAAUGGUUGGCUUCUGAGAUGUCUUCCAUCUGAACCUGAAGAAAUGCCAGAUGAUGUGUCACCAGUCUCCCCUGGUAGGAUAGGAGCACCUCCAGUGUUUGCGUUCUGUAACCAGUGGUCACUUGCCAUUGAUAGGGUCUCAGAGAUGGAAGUAAUUUAUGCAAUGAAUGGGUUUUUCGCUAGUGUAAAUCAAUACGGGGAACGGCAUUGUGUCUACGUACAGCAAAGACUGACUACAGACAAGGACAUGGAGAGAAAAAUGAAGAUCUUGGAGAGGGAGGGGCAGAGGUUGCAAAAGAUGAUGCAAGCUCGAGGGAAGGUGUUUCAAGCCAGUACGGCUAUGCAUCACACCAAAAUGACCAAUAAAAGCAGUCUUCAGUUGGGUCUGAAACAAAUUUUUGUAGCCAUAGAGCGGUUUUCUGCUGAUACCAUGCAUGGUUACGAGGAGCUUCAUGUGCACAUUGAACAUAGUAGACUCAGUCAAGAGAAUCCAGCAGCUCCUUAAUUCUUCACCGGUAACUAGGCAUCACAUUUGAAUUAAUUUUGUGCUGAAGCUGUUUUUGUAUUCGGUUCACCUGCAUGAAAGUUCAAGAAUUAUGCAGUGCAUUCCCUUCAUAAAGUCCACAAGGCUGAUUUGUGGAUUCAUUCUUGCCAUCCUUUGUUCAUUUCACCUCCUCAACUAUGGAUAGCUCUGAUACCAAGUGCAGUAACAAGUAGGGCAUCCUGGCUGCAGUAUUUGAGCUACAAAUGUUAUAUUUAGCGGUUCAGUUCAGCCUCCCAUGAGGCAUGAAUCCAGUGUUUGAUCGGAUGCAAGUAAUAUUGCUAGGAUUUCUUGACAUCUACUAGGGUAUGCUUGAUUGUCUUCUGUUUUUUCUCUUCCUUGUGGGACAUUUACCCUACCGUGUUUGAAACGUUGCAGCUUUAUCUCUUUUAUCAUCACCUGCAGCUUAAAUUGUAAGGGUAUCAUUCUCUGCUUUCUCACUGCUGUAAAUUUGUUUCAGACUUUAAAGUUUUUAUCUCUCAAGUACUAGAAAUUGUUCCUUUUAGCAGUACAGGCUACAGGGGAAUCAUUGUUGUAUACCUGUUUUGUGGUGAAUAAAACAUUUUUCUGAUUCAAAUAAGAA